AUGAAAUUAAAAAGUAUAUUAAUUUUAGUAUUAAUUAUUGUUUUUACAUUAUUCAUUAGUGGAGGUUGGGGCCAAACUUCUGAAAAUAGCAAUAGAGGGUUAACAGCUAGCGGAAACUCAGCAGAUAGCCAUGGAUCAAGCAAUGGUAAUUAUACAUCAAGUGAAGGAUCAAGCAGUGGAAACUAUACAUCAAGUGAAGGAUCACACCAUGGGAACUCAACAUCAAGCGAAGGAUCACACCAUGGAAACCAUACAUCAAGCGAAGGAUCACACCAUGGGAACUCAACAUCAAGCGAAGGAUCACACCAUGGAAACCAUACAUCAAGUGAAGGUGAUAACCAUUGUCCAAGCCCAGAUAAUAGACCAACGACAAGUGAUAAUACUACAGGAUUCGUUUCUAUUUCGUUAUGUUCUGAUAAUCAAUGCAAUGAUAUAGUUAGAAGAAGAAUGAAAGUUGGUGAGGUUGUAGAAGACCCAUUAUCUCAUAACAGUUUUGUUUAUGUUGGAAAUAAUAAACUAUGUUAUUCAGUUCGUUAUACCAAGGAUGGUUGUUUGGGUCAAGAAGGUAUAGAAUUUUGCCAAAACAAUUGUUUCCAAGCAACCUCAAGAAAAAAUCAUCUAUAUAUCGAUAAGGCUCUAAAAUUAUCUUUAUUUUGUACUCAAUAUUCAAAAGAACACUACUCCAUCACUGUUGGAGAAUACAAUAGUGGCACUACUGGCAAUCACGAUGAUGACAUAGUUUCAUCCUCAACCAAAAAUAAACCAACAAUACUAUUGGGACUAUCAAUAGUUCUCAUCAUGUUUGGUUUAUAUAUUUAA